CAUAAUGCUGCAAACAUGUUGGUAGCUUUUUGGCAGAUAUAGGUUUUGCGUGUAUUGUUUUUGCAAUUGUUCUUAUCAUUUAUCAGUCCUACAGAGAAAGUCGUAUGGUGCCUAUCAGUCGGGUUCACAUUUGUUGCCAGUGCGUUCAUGCGGAGCUCAGGCAGGGAGGAUGCUGCUGAGAGUCAACCAGUUGCUCUCCAGCUGUCUCAGUAAAGUGCAGCCUCCCCCACUACGCACCGACGGAUGAUCAUCCUCGACCUGUUGCCUCGUCGGGAAUAAAAGUGAAGCUGCUUUCUGUCGGGUGCCAAACAAGAAAGAAGUUGUUUUUUUUCUCUUUAGAAAGGAGGUCGAAGACGAUGCCAUGAGAUGUAUCCAUGUGUUCAUUAUUAAUCUACGUUUUGAAUAGCAGAAGGAAGAGGAACGGAGUUGGUUUUGGGGGGGUGCACCUCCUUGGUGUGGAGGUGCGGUUUGCGGUGAUAUCUGCCUCUAUCUCUGGGCUCUGUGGAAGAACCAUGGUCGAACUGGAGAAGGAAGUGCUCCCGCUGCCCCCUCGGUACCGGUUCCGAGACCUGUUGCUCGGGGACUGGCAGACCGACGACAGGGUGCAGGUGGAGUUCUAUGUGAAUGAGAACACUUUCAAGGAGCGCCUUAAGCUGUUCUUCAUCAAAAACCAAAGAUCAAGUCUGCGAGUGCGAAUGUUCAACUUUUCUCUAAAAGUGCUGAGCUGUCUCCUCUACAUUGUCAGAGUCCUAUUGGACAACCCGCAAGACGGAAGACAGGACUGCGUAAACGGAGCAAACUGCACCAAACAAAACACAUCAUCGCAUCCCUGGAGUGGGUUUGACUGGAAACUGAUCAUCUGGGUGGAUCGACCUCUACCGCUGUGGGCGCUGCAGGUGCUUGUGGCUUUCAUCAGCUUUUCAGAAACUAUGUUGCUCGUGUAUCUCAGCUAUAAGGGCAACGUUUGGGAGCAAGUAUUACGUGUCCCCUUCAUUCUGGAGAUGAUCAGCGCCAUCCCCUUCAUGAUCACUGUGAUUUUGCCCUCCUUCAGAAAUCUCUUCAUCCCUGUAUUUCUCAAUUGCUGGCUGGCAAAACACGCUCUGGAGAACAUGAUAAAUGAUCUCCACAGGGCGAUCCAGCGGACGCACUCAGCCAUGUUUAACCAGGUGGUGAUACUCAUCAGCACCCUGGUCUGCCUCAUGUUCACAUGCAUCUGUGGUAUUCAACACCUGGAACGAGCGGGCAACAACCUGACCCUGUUCGACUCGCUCUACUUCUGCGUGGUCACCUUCUCCACGGUGGGCUUCGGAGAUGUCACCCCCCAGAUCUGGCCCUCACAACUCCUGGUGGUCAUCAUGAUCUUCGUGGCGCUCAUUGUGCUUCCCAUCCAGUUCGAGCAGCUGGCCUUUCUGUGGAUGGAGCGGCAGAAGUCCGGGGGGAACUACAGCCGCUACAGGGCGCAGACGGAGAAACACGUGGUGCUGUGUGUCAGCUGCCUCAAAAUCGACCUCCUCAUGGACUUCCUCAAUGAGUUCUUCGCUCACCCCCGAUUACAGGACUACUAUGUGGUGAUCCUGUGCCCAGCAGAGAUGGAUGUCCAGGUCAGGAGGGUCCUCCAUGUCCCUCUGUGGGCCCAGAGAGUCAUCUACCUGCAGGGUUCUGCCCUCAAAGACCAAGACCUGAUGAGGGCCAAGAUGGACGACGCUGAAGCCUGCUUUAUCCUCAGCAACCGGUUUGAAGUGGACCGCAUUGCUGCUGAUCAUCAGACCAUCCUCCGAGCCUGGGCGGUGAAAGACUUCGCUCCCAAUUGCCCCUUGUACGUCCAGAUUCUCAAGCCGGAGAACAAGUUCCACGUCAAAUUUGCAGAUCAUGUGGUGUGUGAAGAAGAGUUUAAGUACGCCAUGCUGGCUUUAAACUGCGUGUGCCCUGGUACAUCAACACUCAUCACUCUAUUGAUCCACUCCUCCAGAGGGCAAAUGGCUCCCCAAGAGGUCUUCAAGCAGCGUGCCGGAGCCUUUCAAGCCCUCAACAGGGAGGGCGGUGCAUGUGCAGCAGACCAAUGGCACCGAACCUACCGCCGCUGCUCAGCCAAUGAGGUGCAUCACAUCCGUCUAGAGGAAAGUAAAUUCUUUGGAGAAUACCAGGGCAAGAGUUUCACCUUUGCCUCCUUUCAUGCUCACAAAAAGUAUGGAGUAUGUUUGAUUGGAGUUCGCAGAUUGGAAACCACCAACAUCUUGCUGAACCCUGGGCCCUGCCACAUCAUGGGGGCCUCUGACACAUGCUUCUACAUCAAUAUCUCCAAAGAGGAGAACUCAGCAUUCGUCAGGGGCCACAAGGAGCCAUCGUGGGGCAGAACUCGAGGAAAUCCCAGGGGGGUGCACCAAUCCAUCUACCACGGACUCACACGCCUGCCAGUCCACAGUAUCAUCGCCAGCAUGGGCACAGUGGCCAUCGACCUGCAGGACUCCAGUGACAGCAGCCCAGAGAGCCAGGAUCCUGGGGGCACCGUGCUGGGAAGCGGGAGAGGAAGCAGAAGCAGGGCGGAGAUGGGUGGUGCUAACACUUUGGCCCUGCCUGCCAUGGGAGAGUCAGCGGAGGAAAGGCGGCACAGCAUCGCCCCCGUCCUGGAGCUUGUGGACGGUGUCAACAACCCCACCUUCGACCUGCUCGGAGACCAGUCAGAGGACGAGGGAGGGGAAGAGGGCAAGGAGGACAGUGACAGAGACGAGAGCGCCCACUGGUGGGGUCGACACUGCGAGUGGGUGAAGGGAUAUCCCCUAAACUCUCCGUACAUCGGCAGCUCGCCUGCGUUGUGCCACCUUCUUCAGGAAAAGAUGCCUUUCUGCUGCCUGCGCAUGGACAAGGCUUGCCACCACACCCUUUUUGAGGAUGCCCGCUGCUAUGGCUUCAAAAACAAAUUGAUCAUUGUGUCUGCGGAGAGUGCAGGAAACGGACUGUACAACUUCAUUGUGCCUCUACGGGCCUACUAUCGACCCAGGAAGGAGCUCAACCCCAUUGUGCUGCUGCUGGAGAGCAUACCUGAAGCAGACUUCCUGGAGGCAAUCUGUUGGUUCCCCAUGGUGUUCUACACAGUGGGCUCCAUCGACAAUCUGGACAGUUUGCUGCGAUGCGGAGUCACUUUUGCUGACACGAUGGUAGUGGUAGACAAGGAGAGCUCAAUGAUUGCAGAGGAGGAUUACAUGGCUGAUGCAAAGACCAUUGUGAAUGUCCAGACACUGUUCAGACUGUUCCCAGCUCUUAGUAUCAUCACAGAGCUAACCCACCCAGCCAACAUGCGAUUUAUGCAGUUCAAAGUCAAAGACCACUACUCUCUGGCCCUGUCCAAACUGGAAAAGAAGGAAAGGGAGAAGGGCUCCAACCUGGUGUUUAUGUUCCGCCUGCCCUUCUCUGCAGGGAAGGUGUUCAGUGUCAGCAUGCUGGACACUCUCCUUUACCAGUCAUUUGUGAAGGACUACAUGAUCUCCAUCACCAGGCUGCUGCUGGGUUUGGACUCCAUGCCUGGCUCAGGUUUCCUUUGUGCUAUGAAAAUCACAGAGGACGACCUGUGGAUCCGCACCUACGGCAGGCUCUACCAGAAACUGUGCUCCUCCACUGGAGACAUUCCCAUCGGCAUCUACCGCACAGAGGCACACAAGCUUCCAGUCUCUGAAUCCCAGGUAUCCAUCACAGUGGAGGACUAUGAAGAUACGAGGGAACCCAGAGAGCCCCUGCUGUCCCGGACCAGCGCUCACCGUAACUCCACCUCCUCGGAGCCCGUCUCCACCUCCUCCCACUCCUCAGACCACCCUCUGCUCAGGAGGAAAAGCAUGCAGUGGGCCCGGCGGCUGAGCAGAAAGGGGGGGCGGGGCUCCAGUGGGGCCAAGGGGGGUCCGGGCAGCGCGGCAGAGAGGAUCAACCAGCAGAGACUGACCCUGUUCAGACGCUCCGAGAGGCAGGAGCUCAACGCUCUGGUGAAGACGAGGAUGAAACACCUGGGCCUUUCUCCAACCGGAUACAAUGGGAUGACAGACCAGGGGAACAGACAUUCCUACAUCCUCAUCAACCCUUCUCCAGACACCAGACUGGAGCUCCACGACGUUGUAUACCUGAUCAGACCAGACCCGCUCUCACUCGUACCCAAUCAGGGUAGUAGCAGGAAGUGCAGCGCAGGGAUCUCGGAGAGCGACAGGUUCGAUACGCAGGACAGCACCCAUCUGUGAGGGA